AUGAAUGUUCACGAGCAAAUAGAGCAGCAAUCUCAAGAGACGAAACCUCGCAGAAGCAAAUCCAUUACGGGCGCCGAGAAACUUUCUAUUUCUCGGACGUCAUCAGGCGAAGGCGUUAAAGGCUCUUCGUCCACACCCCCUUCUCGCGUUUCUUCGGAAGGAUCGUCGACAGUGGCACCGGCUAAUGCUCCAGGUUCGCGAACAUCCCUCGAGAAGGCGAAGUCAAAAAAGUUUGGCCGCUCCUCCGGUGAUCGUGAAAGCUCUAGUGUCAAUGGCCACAAGAGAUCGGAAUCAACUUUGAGUGAUCACACUAAACAAGCCUGGGUUGCCUACAAUCAAUUCGAAGACGUGGAUACUUCGUUACAGGAUUUCGACGACCUUAUGCGGUCGGAUGCAACUAUGAAGGUGUCCCUAACCCCUGAUCGCUUAAAGACUAUGGAGGUAUAUAAACAGGAGAAAGACCAACGUGGUAAUAGCAAACGAGGACCCGAUAGUCCCUCCCUUGGGCCACGAACGGACGGCCGACGCCCCCCUAUCCGCAACGUCGAUUCUAUUCUGGAGGACGAGGAAGAAGGUUAUUCCAAGCCUUCUUUCCACAACUCCCGCACCCGCCAAAGCUCCGUCACCUCCAUACCUGCCAAAGCGAAAGCUGCUGUCCUCACCCGAACUCGGUCGACGUCGGUCAGUGGUCCAACUGCUCACGGCAUCACACGAAAGUCGUCAAAGUCGGAAACUAGCUCUCAUCCUCCUCCCACUAUGCAAACUCAAAGUAGAUCCAGGGCCCUCGCUGGUGGUCCACUGGGUUUCGAUACGGCUUCAUUUCCAACACGUACUAGAAAAAUUCAACACAAUAGGGAGUCUUUAGACCUCGAUGAAGUCAUGGCAGGCUCUGAUGGUGAAGAUGAUGAAGGAUCUGUGACGCUCUCGAAAGCUAUGUCGACCCACAAGCAACCCCUUGCUCAGAGGCACGGGACUAACGCCACGAAAGUUUCCGCAAAUACUCGAGAACUCAUGGAUUUCUUGAAUGAGGGGCCUCCCGAAACCCCUAAGACGGCGGGGAUGUCGAAAUCAGGAAGAGAAUUGAUGGUGUUUUUGGACAACGGUCCGCCCGAUUCCAACCAUGGUCUCCCACCAAUCACAGAUUCUGGAAGGAAGGGCUCCGGGAGGCUGCAAAGAAUGAUGUCCAAGUUGAGUAUGGGUGGUACUGAGAAGGAUAGGUUGAAAAAUACACAAAUACAGGACGAUACUUUGCGGAAAGUGCCUCCAAUGAUUCCCGUUAUAUCGUCGCAAAGGAACGGUUUGAGUCCUCAGAGUUCUGCCCCAAAUUUAUCGAUGUUAGCCAAUCGCCCUGUCCCCCCUCGCCCCCCUCAACCACAGAUGGUAUCUCCGCCGACCUCUCCAAAGCAUUCCCUUCAAGAGCUUCCAAUCACCCCAACCUCGCCUUCACAAACACAACGCACUCCCAUCGCAAGGAAAUUACCAUCAUACGGUCUGGAUACCACAGGGUCGUCUACGCCUGCAGCUCUUGCGGCCAAACCCGUUUCUCUGAUUGUUGAACAAAGCCGAAAUGCUCCUUUAACGUCGGAAGAUGUUGAACCAGUGAAGAAUAACCCUACGCCACUGACCCCUCCAAGUAGGAGGUCUACCUCAAAGGCCGCACCUCCUUCGAUUCAAACAACUCGGAACCCCGUUGCAACAGACUUGUCUUCGAGCACAACGCCGUCGCCAGUAAUCACGACUAGAGACCUUCAGGAACUACGUCGUCACAUUUCCAGAGCAACAAACCCAGAUGAAUGCCGCCUUGUUAUGGACGUCUUCUUGUCCAAAGCCGGGGUUCUCAUGGAACCUGUGGACUGCGAAGUUCCUUAUCCUUCACCAUCCAACACCGAGGCCACUAGAGACAACAACCGCUCAGUUGCCGAUGCCGCUUUGGAAGUGUCAUUGGUCGAAUUGUUCCUUGGGGAAGAGAUUGUGCAAGAGGCCAGUACUCCCCGCAAGAAAAAGUACCAUCCCAGGAAGAUUGUGUCGCCCGUUAUCAUUAAACCGUAG